UCUAGCAUUGUUUUUGACAAUACUUAUAAUUGUGUGAUUGUAUCCAUGGCCUUCAACACACUUCUCUUCAUGUCUGGGUUGGUUGCUGCAUUGGCAGUACCAGCAGCUGAAGCCCAGCUUGGGCUUGUAAGCGGUCUCCUUGGUUUGAUUCGAGUUCAAGGAACUGUGUUUUGCACUGCCAAUGGCAAUAUGGGCGUCAAUGGCACAUCAACCCCAGUUUUCCCUAAUGCUUCAGUGCAACUACGAUGUGGAAUUGGGAACAUUGCAGCCACUGCAACUACAAAUGCACUUGGAACAUUUUCAAUAGUGUUGGAUUCUCUGAGCUAUCUUCUCUCCUCAGUCCUCUCCAACUGCAGCGUCGUCGUUAACACGCCGCUCGCAAACUGUAAUGCUGCCCUGCCUUCCGCCGGGACUCUGUCAUCGCCUUUACAGUACAUCGGAAACACUCUUCUUGGCCUCCUCAAUGUUGCAAACAUAAUUCCUGGUGGAUUCAACUUACUGCCAUAAACUUAACAAGAACAUUUGGUGGAAAAAAGAACUGGUAGGCCACUAUAUAUAUAUAUAUAGCCAGCUAUACCAUAUAUGAAUAAGGCCAAUUGUCUUUUUUAAUUUAUGUAUUUUUGUUGUAUUGUGUGCUCUAAUGAUAAGAUGUAAUUCCUCUUAUAGUGAAGAAUGACAUUUUAUUGUAUCC